CGAUCUUCCCAAGCGACAGAUCUCGCAGUCCAUCGCAUCCCCAGCUUGCCUCGCUUACACGCCCCGCAAAUCUCCUCAAGCGGCUGGCUAUGUGGUAUCCCAUCGAGUACGAUCCCAUCCGGGCCGGAAACAUCGAUGGCUCGGCCAAGACGGCCCAUGACUCUGGGGUUCUGAGAGCUGCUCGACAUCAAGCCAAGCAGACGCUUCAGAAAUCGACAUCCACAGCGACGACGACUGCGUCGCUCCUUGGGCAACUUCGGUCCAAGAACCCAUACAAGACCCUCUUUGUGGCCCGGCUGUCGCCCCAGACCAUGGAAGACCAGCUCCGUGCUGUAUUCAAGACUCAUGGGCCUGUGCGAUAUAUAAGCAUUGCCAGGGAUGUAGUGACGGGAAUCAGUCGGUGCUAUGGGUUCGUCGAGUUUGAGUCGCAGCGGGACUGCGAACGGGCGUAUCAGGCCUCGCAGCGGUUGAUCAUAGACGAUCGCACGAUCUUGGUCGAUUACGAGCGGGCCCGGCUGAUGCAAGGCUGGAUUCCCCGUCGUCUGGGAGGAGGGCUUGGGGGCAAGAAAGAGUCGGGCCAGCUGCGAUUUGGUGGCCGAGGACGGCCGUUUCGGAUGCCCAUAGGCGACAAUGCCGGCGACACGACAAUUCGACCUGAGCAGCGAAACGAUGAUUGCUGGAGAGAGCAUGCCAUUCGCCGGUCCAAGGGCCAUUCAAACGAUCGACAGCAGAGCACCGACCUCCAGGGCGCAAGCUACCACCCACGGCAGCCAAACCAGAGGGAUUACGACCAACGCCGGUCUCAAGCAACCGAAUCCAGUGGCCGGUCUGGGAGAGACCACAGUCUGGGAUAUACCAACAGAUCCGAGCACGACGAUCCGCGACAUCGCCAUCAUUACCUCUAUGGCAGCGAUAGGAAUCGUCGAGACAGAAGCACAGAUCGUCGAGACAGAAGCAAGGAUCGUCGAGACAGAAGCAAGGAUCGUCGAGACAGAAGCACAGAUCGUCGAGACAGCAGAGACAGAGCCAGACGACAUCGAAGCCCAAGUCGAGAGCGGGAGCGUCGUUCUCGUCGCUCAUGAGACCCAGCAGCUCGCAUGCCGGCCGUAUGUGGCCUUGCACUAGCUAUACGAUGGGUACUGUCCCGAGAAAAGUUCAAUCACUCGCAGAGAAGGGCCGGUCCGUGGAGUGCGCACCGAAUCGUCCGGGGGGGGGGAGAUUUCUGCAGCCGCGAGUCCCGAAACGCCCGCUGCUCUUCUGCCUCCCAUCUGCCCAGGGUUUCCAUCCAAACCACCUCUGUCCACAUCCGGCAAACUCUG